GCAACUCGAACCAGCAAACACACUCCCGCCUCACUGUGACUGCGGUCUACGUCCUCACCAUGGACCGCCACGGUCCAGGUCCCGUUGACGCCCCUCGUCCACUCGCCGCACGUCGCUCACCGCCUCCUCUGCCUCACCUCGCGACCAUGAAUGCCAACGACUGGACCUUUCCGCCCGAACUCGCAACGCCAGUCUUCCCACCUGCCGCCGUCGCUCCACCCAACGUCGAGGUCGCUCCAGCAGGCCCUCCUGCGCCCCCGAAUGACGAACGAGAGGAUCUAGGAGAGACAGAUCAUUCAGACAGCGAGGAUGACGAUGACGAGAAUGACAAUGCAGAUGGCGACCACGCUGGCGGCGACGACGGUGCUAGUGACACCUCGACUGGCAGGCGGUGGUACCCGUUGCAAGAAGACGCACCUGAAAACAGAGAGCCUUGCGAGGACGAGCUCAAGUACAUCGAGUCGAGAGCCGAGCACAGCGCGCUUGAUGAGCGGUACUGGCAUGAAGAUACAUUCACCGACAUUAGCGACCCAGAAAUCAAUGAGGUCGAGCGGGGCAUUCUUGACUGGGAGAUACCUGUCUUCAAUGGCACGAAACAGAAGCCGGUGCCUGCCGAUGUGAUGCGGUCACCUACUGUCCGCAUCGGCGGCUACGACUGGCAGAUCAAGUUUUAUCCGCACGGCGUUCGUCGAUCAGACUAUCCGUCCGUAUAUCUGGAAUGCAUAACCAUGCAGUCACCGGACUUCGAAGAGACAGAAGAAUUUGAACGACCGCCGCUACCGUUCCUUGACUGUGUGCCGAAGAUCAAAAAGCGUCGCUCAGUGGCCGCUCAGAUGUCCGUGGUGCUCUACAACCCUUCCGAGCCUCGCGUGUACAAUUUCCGCACCGAAGCACACCAGUUCCACAAGAAGUCAGCCGAUAUUGGAUGGAAGUACUUCACCACAUAUCCGCGCUCGCACAUCGCCCUUCGUCACCAUGGCAUGCGCAAGCCUCUGCUCACCGACGACAAACUGGCGUUCAGAGUCUACAUUCGAGUCAUGGACGAUCCAACCGGCUGUCUAUGGGACAACAGCCAACUGAAUGCCGACGAUAUCACUCAAGUUACGGGCUUGCGACCUUUCACCAAGUCCCAUCCGUAUGUGUCGGCAACGCUCCCUUUGCUGCAUUUCUCGCCCUUUCGCCAGUUCGUGAAAGACCUUCGCAUGCCUAGCCCCUUCCGCAACUACUUCCAGACUCUUCUGUUCAAGAUGUUCACGAGACGGCGAUCUCCCCACUUCGGGAGAACCGGCACUCACUUGGUGGCCGAUGCAAUGGAGGUACUGUACCGCCUGAGGGAAGUUCUGCAUCGAGAUUGUGCAGAUGAUCCAAAGACAGCACUCAAGUUUAAUGAACUUGUGGGCGAGUUCCAUCCAGAGCGCAACAAUGCAUGUGGUUCUAAUCGACUUGACACAAAGACACAUCCUUCGAUUCAGGAUGCUGUCAAUAAGCACCCAAAAUUAAUCGCCACGCCGCAGCUGUUGACACUUGAACUCACAAGACAAGAGCACGACAAGGAGACCCGGAAGUGGAAGAAGAUCACCAAUCGUGUUGAGGUACCUGACGAUCUGGAAGUUUCCGGGCGGCAAUACACACUGUUCGGCUUUGUCACUCAUUGCGGGCACUUGCAGUCAUGUAGAUAUAACGCUUACGUGCGUCCUCACGGCAAGGGACAGGGCUGGUACGCCUAUCACGACGGACGCGUUACCAGAUUGACCGAGAAGCAAGCGCGAGAGAAGCACUCUGGCAUCGAAGCGCCAUCUGAUCAGGAGCGAGCACCUGAUGAUGGCUACGAUAGCCCAUACGAUGAGUUCCACAGUCCGGAUGGCGAGGUCACCUACGCAGUACUGUACGCUCGCCACGAUAUCUCUUUGCAGCCAGCCGACGUGCAGAUUGAAAGCUGGCUGCCAGAAGAGCUUCAAGAUGCAUAUGCACUAGAUCUCGCCGAUCCUCCUAACUCAGCCAUCCACGAGUGGCCCGACCACCGAAUUCCAGGACCACCUGUCGCGGAUCCACACAUUGUUGCAGAAGAGGGGGAAGCGGGUGCGCGCCUGGCCGCACUGACUGAACGCAUCAACGCCACCAUCGAGGCUGCAACACCCGAGCCACCUACGAUCGUAGAUGGCGAUGGCGACAUCGUCAUGCGCAACACCGAAGCCGAGUCUGAUUACGAGGUACCAGAAGAUAUCGAGAUUACUGGCAAAGGCAUUCGCGACUGGCUUGGGCGUCCAUUCUACGAAGGCGAGUGGAACAAAGUCUACUACCACGGCACUGGUCACCUGAUCAAUCUCAACGGUGAUGAAUACAUUGGUGAAUUUCGAGACAACGAAAUGCACGGCUGGGGCAAGAUCAUUCUUGCUUCUACCGGAGACAUCUAUGAAGGUACUUGGGAGCACGACAAGAUGCAUGGCAAGGGCAAGCUGAUUGAGCGUGCUACCGGCAAUGUGUUUGAAGGCUCUUUCCGCGAGGGCAGAAAGCAUGGAGAGUUCGUUCUUCGCGGUACGGUCACCGAUGAGGACAAGAGCACGUGCCAGAUCUGCUAUGACAAUCCCAUCAGCACGGCGUUCUACGACUGCGGGCACGUCGUGGCUUGUCGUGAGUGUGCGGCUCAGGUGGACUCUUGCCCUAUGUGUCGCAAGAGAGUCGUCGCGAGGCUGCAGCUGUAUGGCGUGACGGUUACUGCUUCUUGAUUAUGAGGUGAAAGGCAGCAUGGCGACGGAAGACGAUGCGCGUUCUUGUUUGCUUGUGUACUUGUCUGCGAUCGUUCAAGCAGUUGCAUGAGAUGAUGGAGAAUGAAAUUAGCGACGGCGUUUUCGUUAAUUGUCACUUGUGUGUAGACGAUACCCUCCUCUAGCAGAAAUUUGAACGACUUCCAUAAAGCUACGUUCUUUACAUCCCUUGGCCUCAACACCAUCCGCUAACUUUCUGCCUUCCUCCCAACAGCACAUCCCGCCACCAUAGGGAUUCUCACUUUCCCAUCCCCACUCCCAAAUUUCUCCCUCGCGACAUUCGCCAUCUCCUUUCUCACAACCUCCACAUCCCCUUUCCACCCCUUCUGCAUCGUCAUAAAAGCCGGAUUCUUCGAAUCAAUAAAA